AUGUAUCGCCAAAUGGCAAGACAAUCAAUGCACCUUUACUGUCCAAUGUGGCCUUGCGAAAGGGAAUGUGGAAAGUUUCACGAAAAGUUUAUAACAACAACAAAGCUCCGGAAAUUAAAAUCACAAAUGGAAAGCGUUGACGAAAAAGCGAAUUCGUUGGAAAUAACAGAGAAAGGCGCUUCAACAGAACAGAAAAAAUCGCCAGCGCAAGUUUUUGAGGAAAUUAUGGAGAUGGCAGCAAAAAAGACAUCGCUAAGUUAUGUUGAACCACCACUCCCACCAAUUCCUGAGGGUCUCAAGGACAUUAUCACAAGACGUGACCCGUCGAAUCGUCGAAGCACGAAAGACGCUGACACGACAACUAUUUUUUUCGAUAAACCCAUUUGGGACGACGCGAAGUUUCGCCAAGAACUUCUCGAUUCCGAUGAAGAACAAAUAGUUAUCGGAGAACCGCCAUCGGUAAUUGAUGAUGAUGAAGAGGCAGUGGAAGACAUUUUAAGGAUGACCGUACAUGAUACAACUUCGAAUCCAAUUUUUCAUAAUCACAUGGACGAAUCGAUUCUCUCAAGUGAUGAUGAAUACGGAGACAACGAAGAUUCGAUGUACACCGCGCCUAAUGUGAGAAGCAAUGCUAACGAUUAUGAAAAACCAAUAACGGAGCUGUUUCUCCUGAGAAUCAACAUGACUGCUUUUUUUCGAAUGUCAAAUGGGGUUAUGAUACCAUUCCUCGGACUUGGUACUGGCGGAAAGCCAGCUUCUGAAGCAGAAACAGAGCAUAUGAUUCGAACUGCUUUGAAUUUGGGAUAUCGCCAUAUUGACACUGCUCAAACAUACGGUACGGAGAAAAUAAUCGGAAAAGUCCUCAAUGAAUACUUCACGGCUGGAAAGACUAGUCGAUCUAGAAUUUUUGUCACUACUAAGCUUCCAUGCCAUUCCCAUGGAAGAGCCAAUGUUGAAAUAUCGCUUCGAAAGCAAUUAGCUGACCUUCAACUCGAUUUCGUUGAUAUGUAUCUCAUCCAUUCGCCGUGUUCCGUUAGGGCUCGUAAACUUCAAGACGGAACCGUUAAAUAUGAAAAUGUGAAAAUCGACAUUGUUGACACUUGGAAAGGAAUGGAAGAUAUUUACCAAAAGGGUUUGGCUCGUGCUAUUGGCCUCUCAAACUUCAACGUUGACCAAAUUCAGCGCGUUUAUAGCACUGCUUCUGUAAAGCCUCAUAAUUUGCAGGUCGAGAUGCAUAUUCAUCUUCCGCAGAAGGAGCUCGCCAUUCUGUCUCGUUCGCUGAACGUAUCGAUCACCGCCUAUGCGCCAUUAGGAUGUCCAGGGAAACGCGGCCAAAAUGGUUGGCCGUCUGAAGGGCCGCUCGAUGAGCCAAUUUUGCAACAGCUUUCUGCAAAAUAUCGUCGAACGCCGGCGCAAAUAUUACUUCGCCAUUUGACGCAGAAAAAUGUGAUCGUGGUGCCAAAGAGCACUAAUGAUGCUAGAUUGAAGGAGAACCUCGAGAGUAUGGACUUUUUCUUAACUGACGAAGAUAUGAAUACUUUGAAUCGCAUCAAACCACGAGGACGGCUUUACAAAUGGCUUUCAAGAGAGGACCAUCCAGAAUAUCCAUUCAAUGAACUUCCAGAUGUUGUCUAA